AUGGAUUGUUUAGACUUUACAAAUUCGAGUGAAGAACUUGGUGUUAUUUGUUACUUGAAGAAUAUGCUGAUUGGGAACUGCUUUUUCGUUUACGAGACAACACCGUUGAUUGUAAGGAAGAAGCUUUACAAUUUGGGCUUGAAAAGUUUGCGAGACCUCAAGCUUAAGAAGGGUAAUUACGUGCUCCUCGCAAUUCUCGGAACAACAUUAACACGUCAUAACUUGGAUGGAUCACUUAGUAGUCAAAGGGACUUUGAUGCGAAGUCAUUACGAGAUUGGCAUUUUCGGUAUUCUAUGGAUCGGCCGCGGGGUUCAUGUGGUGUAUCAAGUGUUUAUGAAUGUUCUCAAAUGGUAAUUGAACUGAUGGUUGAUUCUGAUAGACGAACAUGUUAUGUAAGCAAUCUUCAUGCUGAUGUCACUGAGGAGCUUUUGAAAGAACUGUUUUGCCAGGUCGGACCUUUCGAAGCUGUGAUUUUACGUAAAAGUAAGUGUUAUUAUAAUGGUUCUGAGAAUCGUUAUGCAUUAAUUGUUUUCAAGCAUGAAACUAGCGUUCCGUUUGCGUGUGCAAUGCUUGAUCGAGUUAAGUUGUUUGGUGUACGAAUUUCGGUAAGACCAAAGCAACGCGGACACCAAACACGGCAACGUACUAAAGCUUUCCUUUCUACACAUACUCCAUCUUCUAUGCUAAAUAAUCCAAAUAAUCGAUUAUCUACCAUUUCAAAAUUUGAAAAUGAUACUCAUGAAAAAUUUAAUUCAUUUGUACAAAUGUACUCAAGUAUGGAGACUCAUUUGUCCUCGUUUCGGGAAAUACUUAUAGUUGAUUAUGACGAUUUUGCUUGUUUAUUUUUGUGUAAUUCAUGUGAAACUGUUUUGUCACCUUGA